UUCUGAUGGCGGCCCGUCCCUCCCUCACCCGGAGCUUGGGCGUCCGGGCCCCGCAGAAGCUGCCGGAGGUGGCUGUACGGCCUUCUGGAGUGCGGGUCCCGCUCCUUGCCACCGACUCGUGAUCUUUUCUGCACUAAAGAGCUUGUCCCAACAACCUCCCGCGCCCGGAUCUUGCUUUUCCAAAUCCAGAAGACAGUGUGUGAAGCCAGGGGACAUCAGCCAUGCUCCAAACAACUUGGCCUCAGGAGCCAGUGACCUUUGAGGAUGUGGCCGUGUACUUCACACAGAAUGAGUGGGCCAGCCUGGACCCUGUGCAGAGGGUCCUGUACAGGGAGGUGAUGCUGGAGAAUUAUGCAAAUGUGGCUUCCCUGGUAGUGUUUCCAUUCCCCAAACCUGUUUUGAUCUCCCAGCUGGAAAGAGGGGAAGCACCAUGGGGCCCAGAGGUUGUGAGAGGCAUCAGUCCAGGUGGCGAGUACUGGAUCAAGAAUGAAGAGCCAAUUAUAAAGCAGGAAGCCUGUGAAGAAACAGAAUUGCACAGAAUCCCAGUUGGAGGACUCCUCAGGAACGUUUCCCAGCACUCAGAUUUUAAAAGCAAGGCAGUGAGGCAAACUUUCAGUCUAAAUCCAAAUCUGAUACUUCGAGGUGGAAUGAAGUUCUACGAAUGUAAAGAAUGUGGGAAAAUCUUCAGAUAUAACUCAAAGCUUAUUCGGCAUCAGAUGAGUCAUACUGGGGAAAAGCCUUUUAAAUGUAAGGAAUGUGGCAAAGCUUUCAAAUCUAGCUAUGACUGUAUUGUACAUGAGAAAAACCACAUUGGAGAAGGGCCCUAUGAAUGUAAGGAGUGUGGCAAAGGUUUGAGUUCCAACACAGCCUUGACUCAACAUCAGAGGAUCCACACUGGAGAGAAACCCUAUGAAUGUAAGGAGUGUGGCAAGGCCUUCCGUAGGAGCGCGGCGUACCUUCAGCAUCAGAGAUUACACACGGGGGAGAAACUCUAUAAAUGUAAGGAUUGUUGGAAAGCUUUUGGUUGUAGGUCGCUUUUUAUUGUCCACCAGAGAAUUCAUACUGGGGAGAAACCCUACCGAUGUCAGGAGUGUGGCAAAGCCUUCACUCAGAAAAUAGCCUCUGUUCAGCAUCAGCGAGUUCACACUGGGGAGAAGCCUUAUGAAUGUAAAGUGUGUGGGAAAGCCUUCAAAUGGUAUGGAAGUUUUGCUCAGCAUCAGAAAUUGCACCCUGUGGAGAAGAAGCCUGUCAAGGAUCUUGGGCCAUCCCUAGUCAGUCCCCAGUGCCCCUCUCCAGCCUUAUCUCCUGUUCCUCUCCAGGGGUCAUGCUUUGCUCCAGCCGUGGCCAUGCCUUCACUGACCUUUCCACAUGCUGUGCUCAUUCCUGCCUCUGGGCCUUUGUUCAUGCUGCUGCCCACAUCUGGAAUACCUUCUUCACCUGGCCAGGUAGUACGUGUCUUCCAGGGCCUUACUCCCACUGUGAAGCCUUCCCCAAUUAUGCUGGCCCCUUCUCACCCCUCAUGAGCUUUAUCUUAGUAUUCCUAUGGUUCUUACUCCCAGCAAAUAUCCAAACUAAUUUGAGUUUUAUUUGUAUUUUUUUCCCUCACUUUACAUGUGUUAGAACUGUGUCAGCAUAAACUCAUUUGUUGUCUACGUACAUUUAAAGACCAUGUUUAUAUACCAUAUUCUCUUUUCUUCUGGGUAGAAAAUGGAAAUACUUAACCUUCGCAUUGAUCCCUUUCAGGCUUGAACAGCAGUGUCUGUAUCUGCACUGUGGGGUUGUUAGAAGUGCUGGGAGUACACUUUGGUGUGUUAGGGAAGUUUGGGAAAGAGGAUAUCCUCAUACUGGGCCAUUGUGAUUAGAGAGAAGCAACCUGGGAAAAUCAGAAGGCGGCAUGCAAGACCUGUGGGAGUAGGGACAUGGAAUAAGCUUCCAGCAGUGGACUGUAGAAAAGAGUGCAUAUUGUUCAGUGGGCCAGUAGCUAGGAGGUGUGUUAAUACCAUUGAAGUUGCGUUGCCCUUGGCAUGAAUCGUUGAGGAUCCCGUACAUCUAUGCAAAAGAUAAUGUGAAGUAAACAGUAAAAACAAAAAAAAGUAUGUUUUGAUAGCAGUGAUAACUCAUUUACAUGAUUAAUUGCAAUCAUGUACAAUCAUGUCUUUAAACAUGAA